AUGCUGGAAGGGGACAGCCCCUCGAACACAGUCAUCUUCUUCGAUGACUACGUCCAUGGCAGCACCGACGACCUGAUGCGCCGCGGCGCCAAUGCGAUGGGGACGUACGAGACCGCCACCUUCAGAGUCUACGCCAACGACUUCGUUGCCCGGGACAUCGCCUUCACCAACACGCACAACGGCAUCAACAAGAGCAAUGCCACCCAGGCGCUCGCGGCGCUGGUCGACGGUGACCGGAUCGCCUUCCACCGCUGCGCCUUCAACGGCUUUCAGGACACGCUCUGCGACAACACCGGACGGCACUACUUCCGUGAAUGCUUCAUCAAGGGCGGCGUCGACUUCAUCUUCGGCUACGCUCGGUCCAUCUACGACGGCUGCACCCUCGUGUCCAACAUACCCUUGCGGUCCGGCCGCCGUGCUGGGUGGGUGACGGCGCACGCCAGGCGCCGCGCCGGUGACCCCGGCGGUUUUGUGUUCAAGGGCGGGGAGCUCCGAGGUACCGGGCGCCAGUAUCUCGGACGCGCGUGGAACAAAUAUGCCACGGUCGUCUACUACCACAUGAACAUGUCCAGCGUCGUCGUCCCGAAGGGGUGGGCUCCGUGGUACGCCGGCAACGAUACUAACGAUGUCCUGUUCGCAGAGGUUGGGUGCACCGGCCCCGGGUCAGACAUGGCCGGGAGAGUGCCAUGGGAGAAGCAUCUCAGCGAGGCAGAGGUGAAGAAGUUCGUGGACAUGAGCUUCAUCGAUGAUGGUUGGCUAAGCAAGCAGCCAUAG